AUGGCGACCACAUCAACAUCGAUGUAUCGCCAGAAUCUCCACCCCAACAACAUUCCCCGUAAUGGAUCUGGUGGAGCUGGCGCAAGUAACAGCAAGUCAUCCCGCUCUUCAAACCCUCGCCGAAAGUCUGCCCCCUCCCCACUGAAUACAGCCCAGCUGUCUGCAGACCCGGAGAUAAUGGCAUCUCUUGUCGAGUCAUUGGCGAAAAUAGCCCCUUCUCCUCAGCACACCCUUUUCUUUGAUGGACCUAGUGCCGAUUUAGUGCCUGGUAAGGACGGCGCAGCCUAUACAACUUCUAACUCGCCAGUUCGAGACUAUCACCUCCUACAUCCAGAAGACGCUGCGACACCCCCAGUUGUCAGAACUAGCAAACGACAGAGCGCUAGUGGCUCUUCUCAAAAGUCCUCCAGGGAUAGCUUUUUGGGCAAACGAUCUAGCUUCACUACCGAUGUUCCGAAUUAUAUACAGUCGUUUUCCCGAAGGAGCAGUGAAGAGAAGAUUCGAGCGAGCGUUCCCCAACCCCCAAAAGCAAUCUUGCGCAUGAGCAGUACCGAAGAUAUACGCCUUCAAAACGCGGAAUCCCAUCAACUCCAGACUUUUAAGACUCCAACAACGACCAUGGAAGCCCUAGCUGCUCCAGCGAUUAAUGCUGCAGCCGCACUGUCGGUACCUGAACGCAGGUCCAGCUAUGGCAAAUCUGUAACUUCCCCUGACAGAAUGAAAUCUAAACGCGACCCAAGACGCCAUUCCGCACUUGCAUCUUCGACAGCCGCCUCUGCUGGUUUACAGUUCGCCACAGCUCUUUCCACUCCUACGAGCCCCACACAGCCGAAACAUGCACCGCAUGCUAGUACUAGUACCACCAGCACUUCUUUGAAACGACAGAGUUCUCUUCCGCAUAGCACUUCGCACCCGCCAGUUACUAGCCAUCGACGUUCGUCCAGUGGUAGAUUACGGAGACGUUCUUCGCCUCCUACAUUGUCUCAACAGCCUCUCGCUGGGUUGGAUGAUAGAGCUUCUAAUGCUGACUCGAUUGACGAUGCUGUCGAAGCCUAUUUGUGUUCGCCACGGUUAUCCCAGAAGCUCCGGUUUCCCACAUCCGGACGAACAAUAUCGUUCAGCGAAGUCGGAGACCCGAACGGAUAUGCCGUGUUCAUCUGUGUUGGUAUGGGCCUGACAAGAUAUGUUACGGCUUUCUACGAUGAACUUGCCUUGAGCCUGGGUCUUAGAUUGAUUACUCCUGAUAGGCCCGGUGUAGGCGAGAGCGAUGCCAUUCCGGAAUCCGAGAGGACAGUCCUGAGCUGGCCAGAUGACAUCCUGUAUAUUUGUCAGUCGCUUAAGAUCACAAAGUUUUCCCUUCUGGCGCACUCUGCAGGCGCAAUUUAUGCCUUGGCUACGGCUCUUCGUAUGCCAGGUCAUAUUCGCGGAAAGAUCCAUCUUUUAGCCCCAUGGAUCCCGCCUUCGCAGCUCGAAACUAUCUCGACAUCACAAGGCGCACCAUCGCCAGCGGCUGUGCCUGCCUCGCAACGUAUUCUAAGAGCGUUACCGACCCCAUUCCUUAAAGCCGCAAACUCUUCAUUCAUGUCCGCUACAAGCGCAUCACUCACUACAUCGCUACCCAAAACUCAAAACAAGAAAAAGAAUAGAACAAGCGGAGACAAAGGGAAACUCCUAGGUAGCCCUAGCAGUGGAGCAACUGGUGCUAACAGCACAAAGCGUCACUCAAUAACAUCUACUGGUGUGGCUUCUACUACCCUUGGUUCCCGAAUGUCUUAUGAGCCCCGCUCUCCUACCAUUACUUCGGUUAUGGAGCAAGAUGCAAUCAACAGUACCGAUGCAAUCAUUGCCGCGGCUCUCGAUAGCGCUGCGGAAAAGGAACGACAGCAUAGCUACGAUGAACGCCUUACCCAUCAAAUUUGGAGCCUUGCUACUCGAAAUGCGAACCCUGCUGUUGAUCUGCUCGUCUGCCUUGAGCGUUCCCGUCCUAUCGGGUUUAGAUAUGUGGAUAUCAACCGCCCAGUCGUUAUUCACCAUGGAACUAAGGACACGAGAGUCCCUGUUGAGAACGUCAAAUGGUUAGGCCAAACUAUGAGGAGGUGCGAUGUUAACGUCUUGCAGGGCGAGGGACAUGGGUUGAUGGCGAGUGCAAGCGUUAUGGGAUCUGUCCUAACCGAUAUCGCGUCAGAGUGGAGGGAAUGGAAGAGAGCAAUGGAGAACAAAGUUGCAGCUGAACAGAGGAUUAAUAAUCCAUGGAGUCCUUUAGCUACCACACCUGAGCAGGGCGAAGUGCAUUGA